CGUGCCUGGUCUCAGACAGUGUCAAAGGAGUGUCAGACACCUGGAGGUGUCACUCUGAGGACUUCUGCCCUCCUCUGGAGCAUCUUGAUCUCUUUGGAAGCUGACUGCUGACCCGGCGGGGGCAGCUGGAAUCCAGGUACCCCAACCCCCACCCUGGGCCCAGAGUCCCCCAUCAGUGAGCCUUGGCUCUGCUUAUAGCAUCUGACGCCAGAGGGGCUGAAAAUAGCCCCUGGAGGAGGUGGAGGAGGGGGCUAUUUAAAGGGCCUGGGAGGAGCAGAGCUGAGAGGGAGUGAGCACUGAUCAUGGCGACUGCAGAGCUGAGCUGCCAGGUGUCCGAGGAGGACUGUGAGCGGCGAGAAGCCUUCUGGGCUGAAUGGAAGGAUCUGACUCUGUCCACGCGGCCUGAGGAGGGUUGCUCUCUGCACGAGGAGGACACCCAGCGGCAUGAGACCUACCACCGGCAGGGACAGUGCCAGGCGCUGGUGCAGCGUUCCCCCUGGUUGGUGAUGCGUAUGGGCAUCCUCGGCCGCGGGCUGCAGGAGUACCAGCUGCCCUACCAGCGGGUGCUGCCACUGCCCAUCUUCACCCCCGCCAAGAUGGGUGCCGCCAAGGAGGAGCGCGAGGAGACACCCCUCCAGCUGCAGGAGCUGCUGGCACUGGAGACAGCCCUGGGGGGCCAGUGUAUGGAGCGCCAGGACGUGGCCGAGAUCACCAAGCAGCUGCCCCCUGUGGUGCCUGUCAGCAAGCCCGGUGCCCUUCGUCGCUCCCUGUCCCGCUCCAUGUCCCAGGAAGCACAGAGAGGCUGAGAGGGACGGUGACUCGGGCUCCACUGUGCCCACUGUGGGCUGGGCCCUUCCUGGCUAGGACCAUGGAGGGCAGCUGCUGGCCAUGGAUGCUUUGUAGUUUGCCCAGAGUUGGGGGUUAGGGGAGGAGGGAGCCAGAGGCCAGGAUGCCUGGGUCCCCUGAGUUCCCAAAGGGAGGGGGGCAAAGACAGUGGACACUAAGGGUAGAGAGCUGGGGGCCAGCACAGCCGAGUACCCCCAGCCCCAGGAGAAGGGACAAAAGAUGCUGGUGAGGACAAGAGGUCCCUGAGAGGAAUGACCCUGGUCCAGGCUUCAGCUUCAGAGAAAGAUGAGGAAAAGUGUUAAGGGGAUCUGGAAUGCUCUGAGAAGAGGCUUGGAGAAGACUGGCGUGAGGGGGACGUGAAGAAGGCAGAGGCAGAGUGGGGCCCCCAGCAUCCUCUGUUAGUGCUGCAAUAAAUGCUCAAUUGUGUUCCAGA